AUGUCUUUCUUUCUUACUUACUUAUUACUUACUUUCGUUAUUUCUUUCUUUCUUUUUCCCUUCCUUCUUUCUUUCGUUCUUUCUUUCUUUUUUCUUUCUUUCUUUUUUUCUUUCUUUCUUUCUUUCUUCUUCUUCAAUAAUCCUAUUUUCUAUUUUCUUUUUGCGUUUUCGCCAUUAAUUUUCCCUCUUUUGCCCGUUUUUUCUUUUAUUAUAAAUUCCUUUUUCUUUUCUCGUUCUUUCUUUCUACUUUUCUUUUUGGUUUGUCGUUCUUUCUUGCUUCCAAUUUUCACUUUUCUUUCAUUUUCUUCCGCUUUCUUUUUUCUUUCUUUUUCAUUCCUUUUCCUUCUUUCAAUCCUUCGUUUUUUCGUUCUUUUUCAAUCCUUCUCUUUCUUUCAAUCCUUCGUUUUUUCAAUCCUUCUCUAUCUUUUUAAUCCCACGUUCUUUCUUCCUUUUUCAAUCCUUCUCCUACUUUUAGUGCUGUUUUUCUUUAUUUUUCAAUACAUCUCAUUCGUUCAAUUCUUUGUUUUUUUCAUUCUUUUCCCAUUCUUUUCCUUCUAUCAAUCAUUCGUUUUUCUUAAUUUUUCAAACCUUUUCCUUUUUUCAAUCCUUCGCUUUUUCAUUCGUUUUUAA